CCCCAAGAUUGACAGCUGUUCCUCUACAUGCUAAGGACGGUCUCUCAGGGCAGUGAUCACGCGGGGGUCCCAGCCCCAAAGGGUCCCCUAUCUUUCCCCUGAGACUCACGUUGGGUGUGGAGGCCAUGCAAGGCUCUGUCAGCCCAUGCCCUUGUCCAGGGUGCCCCAGGAUUGGGGACCGAAUGAAUGUGAGGGUCCAUCUCAUGUGUUUCUCAUAAAGCUUCACAUUCAGAAACUGGCUUCCGAGACUCAGAAAGGAACGGGAACCUGUUCGAACAAAAGAGGUUUUCCCCGGUCGUGCCAGCCCGUAAUCCUCCAUAAAAGCAGCCACAGCGGCUCCUCGCCCCCUGGCAAGGGCGCAGAGGUUCGGUGUUUAUCAGAGUGGCUCCCAGGAGGACAAAGGUGUGUGUACUCCCCACCCAGGAUAGCCCAGCGGUCCAUCCCACCGCGGUCCAUCCCGUGUCGGAGCUGCAGGACCUCGGGUUUCCCGAGAACCCAACCCACCGCCAUGAGGUCCUACCUGCCGAGUCCCGGGUGCCUGCGCCAAGCUCUCUGGCUCUUGACUGCAGUCGUGUUGAUUUUCUUCCUGUUCGCCCUGUCCUCCUUCGUCAAGGAACCUAACACAAAGCCUAACACCAGGCCUCAGGAUACAGAGAACGUUAAAGAACAGGCGUUAGAGUUGCUGCAGAAGGCCACGCCCCCAGCACCCACCGUGGAGAGGAAAACCCCUGCCCGUGGAGGGUCCGCGCAGGGGAGCGGCGCACCGCAGCAGCGCCCGCAGGCCACGGGCCACACGGAAGCCAGAGCACCUGGCACGGCAAGGACGGCGUCGGUCAAGAGUCCAGAGAGAAAUGACACCACGGCGGACAUGCUGUCCCGGAGAAGUCAGGACAAGGGGAGGGCCUCCAACAGGACAGAGGCACUGUGGCCGAGGAGGCAGGACACGAGGACCCCGGGAGGAAGGGGGGGCAAGAACGAAAGGCCAGCAGCCACGAGGACAGUGCCCGAGGAGCCCCCGACACCCAUUCCGGAACGUCGGGCUGAGGUGCGCACCACCAGGGCAGCAGCGCCACCCGCGAGGAAGACGAAAGGAGGGGCCACAGCAACGGCCCCGCCCAAGCGGCCAGCCCAGCCGACCCCCAGCUCCGCGCCCUCCCAGGGCCUCACCACACGGAGGCGCCCCAGGCUGCAGGCCGCCAGCUUCAAGUCGGAGCCCAAGUGGGAGUUCGAGGAAAACUACAGCUUCGACGUGGGGGGCCUACAGACGACCUGCCCUGACUCUCUGAAAGUGAGAGCUUCCAAGUCACGCUGGUUCCAGAAGCUCUUUCUGCCCAACCUCACCCUCUUCCUGGACUCCAGACGCUUCAACCAGAGCGAGUGGGACCGCCUGGAGCAUUUCCCACCCCCCUUCGGCUUCAUGGAGCUCAAUUACUCCUUGGUGCAGGAGGUGGUGACACACUUCCCUCCGGUGGCCCAGCAGCAGCUGCUCCUGGCCGACCUCCCUGCUGGGAGCCCCCAGUGCGUCAGCUGUGCCGUGGUGGGUAACGGGGGCAUCCUGAACAACUCCCGCGUGGGCCAAGAGAUAGACAGCCAUGACUACGUGUUCCGACUGAGCGGAGCCGUUACCGAGGGCUACGAACAAGACGUGGGUACUCGGACAUCUUUCUACGGCUUCACUGCCUUCUCCCUGACUCAGUCACUUUACAUACUGGGCCGUCGGGGUUUCCAGCACGUGCCUGUGGGGAAGGACAUCCGCUACCUGCACUUCCUGGAAGGCUCCCGGGACUUCGACUGGCUGGAAGCUCUGCUCCUGAACCAGACCCUCGUGAAAAGGAGCCUUUUCUGGUUCAGGAGAAGGCCCCAGGAAGCUUUUCAGGACACGGUGCAGUUGGACAGGUACCUGCUGCUGCACCCAGACGCCAUCCGAUACAUGAAGAACAGGUUUUUGAGGUCUAAGACCCUGGACACUGCCCACUGGAGAAUAUACCGCCCCACUACGGGGGCCCUCCUGCUGCUCACUGCCCUCCAGCUCUGUGACCAGGUGAGUGCCUAUGGCUUCAUCACCAAGGACCACGAGCGCUUCUCGGAUCACUACUACGAUACGGUGUGGAAAAAGACAGUCUUCUAUAUCAACCAUGACUUCAACUUAGAGAGAACGCUCUGGAAGCGGCUACAUGAUGAAGGCAUAAUCAGACUGUACCAGCGUCCCGUGACUUCCAACUGAAGAUCUGAGCAGGACCAUUCUAAGGCGGGGACCAGGCUCCCAGACCCUCCAGGCCACUGAGGGAACAUUUGUACAGAGGGACACCCUGCAGCGCCAGGUGGCUGAGAUUUGGAGACCUUGGAAAUCGGCCGAAGGUCCUGUUCCCAAGAUGGGGAGGAAAGGCUUCUUUCUUGAGAUCAAAAAAUUUUAACUGAAUGAGGUGAUGAGCAGACAGCACAAAUCUCUGUUGAAUAUCACCCGUCACUAUUCAAAAGCUAUUUGGCAUCUGGGAAAGAGCCCGAAUUGAGGGAAAUAAGGAUCUGGGUUUGCAUUCCAGAUCUUGCACUUAGCAGCUGUGAAGCCUGGAGGGUGGUUACUUAUCUUCACUCUACAUUGUCUGAAGCAGCGAUGUUCAGCCAAUGCACCGCGGCUGGCACACAGGGCUGCCGCAAGCAUCUUUAAAACGCUCACUGACCUAUUUGCCCUUGGAUUGUCAAAUUUUAAAAAUGACAAGAGAGGCCCUGACUGGUAUGGCUCAGUUGGUUGAGUAUCAUCCAGCAAAGCAAAAGGUCGCUGGUUCAAUUCCCACUCAGGGCACCUGCCUGGGUUUGUAGGCCAGGCCCUGGGUUGGGACAUGUAUGAGAGUCAAUCUAUAAAUGUUUCUCUUGUACACUGAUGUUUCUCUUCCUCUCUUUCUCCCUCCCUUCCCCUCUCUC